CCUUGCUCUGGUCUCAGGCGUUUGGGGAUCCUUGUCAUCUUGCUGGCAUGACUCAGGCAGAGUCUGACAAGGCUACUGAUGAAGUUAAACACCUCAAGACCCAGCCAGCUGACAGUGAGAUGCUGUUUAUACAGAGCUGGCUUGGGAUGUUGGACUUCAAGGGCAAAGCCAACUGAGAUGCCUAGAAUCAGCUGAAAGGGAUGUCCAAGGAAAAUACCAGGAGAGCUUAUGUUGAUAAGGCAGAAGAACUAAAGAAGAAAUAUGGAAUGUAAGAGAUUGGACUUGGUUGCCAGCCACACAUUUAACCUAAAGUAGUAUCAUGCCUUUCUUUUCUAGUACUGUGGAUGAUGUGGUUCUAACACAUCAGAGGAAGAAUUGAUUACUGGUCCUUCCUAAACAGUUUUUAGCUGAAAUCAAUUAAAAGUACAUUUGUUACUU